AUGGAGCGCCUACCCAACAGCGGACAAUAUCUUGCCUAUUCCCGCUCUUUCUGGCUCCAAAGACAAGGCUCACAUCCACCCGGACGAAGUGACAAUAUUCUACAAACCAUCCAAAGUAAGAACAGCUCGAACUUCAAGGUGAUCCAGAAGAGCACCCGAGCUGAAGCCAAGGAUAUUCUCUUCCAAUCAGUUGAAUCCCUCCGCCGGCGCGGGUUCCCUGUGUUGUGGGUGCUUCGAUACCCAGAUCUACAAAACUCCACCAUCACUUCCAUCGACGUAAUCCGGAUGUUACCUUACCAGGCUCUUGAGAUGAACAGCUCUGCCAUGAGCACACAGUAUCCCAUCACUAUCGCGCAGCUGAAAGAGACAUCUACUCAGCAAGAAGUGGCUGCUUCUCCUGAAGCGAGUUCUCCAGGGGUUUCCCACAGGUUACAUCGUCGUCGACUCAGACUUUAUGGAACAUGUUAUGGAUCGAGACAAAGUCGCAACAACAAUUUUUUGGUGGAGGCUGUCAAGGUUCUUGGCUCCGAAAAAGUUCGGGUUGUGGCCCCGUCCCAUGUAUUUGAGUCUCAGCGGGCUCUUCGGGAUCUUGGGGACGAGGCGGUAGCUUCGUUGAAGACGGACAGUCCAGCGAAGCGAACCAAUGUGGUUGUCCAGCGGAGACGACACAUGGCGAGAAAACAAAGACUAACCUGA